GCAGGUGAGGGGGCGGGGCGGUCCCGCGGUCCCUGCAUCCGGAGCCCCUGGGGACCCCGAGAGCCUCAGGAUCCGUCCCGGCCCCGGGGCCACCCCAGGACUCCCUCUCAGCUCUUCCCCUGGAGCCCCUACCCCCCGAGACCCCCUCAGGAUCCGCCCUGCCCUUCCAGGCCCGCGAACCCCGAAACUCCAAGAUUUUCUCUGGACUCCGAGACCCCUGAGGACCCCGGCCGCUAGUGGGCCCUGAGAACUGUUGGUUCCGGAAACUCUCGAGGUUCCCUUGGGACUUGCUUCUAGCAGCCUCCUCAGAAGCCCCCACGCCCGGGGCAUCUUCCUGGGGGGAGCCGUGGUUCCCAGUGUCCUUAGCCCCGCGAGACCCCGGGCCCCCGUGCCGCCCACCCUGAGGCUCCCUCUCCGACCUGAUCUCAGGGCUAGGUUUCUCCAACUUGAGGUCCCUGGACCUGCGGGGCGUGGGUGGAAGUGUUCCCAGGGCUGGUGAUAACUUAAGACGGUAACAGCGCGCUCGACGACCACCUCCUAAGCUGUGGUCCCCGCGCCUGCAGGCUCCAGGAAUUGACACUGGAAAUAGAGAUGACACGGUCCCUGCUGUCAGGGCCUAGGGACCUGGGGCAUAAGACAAAAUUCACAGAUGGAUUCAGUGGAAAAGACAACAAAUAGAAGUGAACAAAAAUCCAGAAAGUUUUUAAAAAGCCUCAUCCGGAAACAGCCCCAGGAACUGCUCCUGGUUAUCGGGACUGGCGUCAGCGCAGCAGUGGCCCCGGGAAUCCCUGCGCUUUGUUCGUGGAGAAGCUGCAUCGAGGCCGUCAUCGAGGCUGCAGAGCAGCUGGAGGUGCUGCACCCUGGAGACGUCGCCGAGUUCCGGAGGAAAGUGACGAAGGACCGGGACCUGUUGGUUGUCGCCCAUGAUCUGAUCCGGAAGAUGUCACCUCGCACAGGCGACGCCAAGCCCAGCUUCUUCCAGGACUGCCUGAUGGAGGUGUUUGACAACCUGGAGCAGCACAUCCAGAGCCCUCUGGUGCUGCAGUCGAUCCUCAGCCUGAUGGACAGGGGCACCAUGGUCCUGACCACCAACUAUGACAACCUGCUGGAGAUCUUUGGCCAGCAGCAGAACAAGCCCAUGGAGUCUCUGGACUUGAAGGACAAGACCAAGGUCCUUGAGUGGGCAAGAGGGCACAUCAAGUAUGGCGUCCUCCACAUUCACGGCCUCUACACAGACCCCUGCGGGAUGGUGCUCGACCCAUCGGGGUAUAAAGACGUCACUCAAGACGCAGAAGUCAUGGAAGUCCUCCAGAACUUAUACCGCACCAAGUCCUUUCUGUUUGUGGGCUGUGGAGAGACCCUUCGUGAUCAGAUAUUCCAGGCCCUCUUUCUUUACUCAGUGCCGAAUAAGGUGGAUUUGGAGCACUACAUGCUUGUGCUGAAGGAGAAUGAAGACCAUUUCUUUAAGCAUCAGGCAGAUAUGCUUCUGCACGGAAUCAAAGUUGUAUCUUAUGGGGACUGUUUUGACCAUUUUCCAGGAUAUGUGCAAGACCUUGCCACUCAGAUCUGCAAACAGCAAAGCCCAGAUGCUGAUCGCGUGGACAGCACCACAUUAUUGGGUCAUGCGUGCCAGGACUGUGCAAAGAGGAAGUUAGAAGAGAAUGGAAUUGAAGUUUCAAAAAAACUCAGACAGUCAGAUGCUGAUGAUGCUGGAGGGUCUUGAAAUCUUUAAAACCAGUAAAACCUGCAACUUGAAAACUAGCCUUCUGUAACCACGGUGCCCAAACGAAGAGGAAUGUAUGGAGAACUCCACGUGGAUCUCUGAUUGCGAAACCGUCACAUACACCAAGAGAGCCACAUGGGCAUGUGGCCCUCAAGGCUGGGUGAGAGGGCUCCCCUGUGUGUUGAACUAUGCAGGAGGUGACGCAGACACACUUCAGGUGGACUUUGCAAGGACUGAUGGAUAGCUACCUCAGGGGCCAGAUCCGUGGGAAGGGGUGGACCUGGUGUUCCCGUUCCCAUCUGACAGGCUCUCUUUUGUCAAGGUGGUAUUUUUCGUAAUAAAAGGGGAAGAGUAAAGACUGUCCAAGCAGCAGUAGUUGCCAAAGAGAAAAUACGAAACAGACACUUUUUUUUUUUUUUUUUUGAGUCAGAGUCUCACUCUGUCAUCCAGGACAGAGUGCAGUGGUGCGAUCUCAGCUCACUGCAGCCUCCACCUCCUGGGCUCAAGUGAUUCUCCUGCCUCAGCCUCCUGAGUAGCUGGGAUUAUAGGCGUCCACCACCAUGCCCAGCUAAUUUUAUUUUUAGUAGAGUUGGAGUUUCACCAUGUUGGCCAGGCUGGUCUCGAACUCUUGACCUCAGGUGAUCCACCCACCUUGGCCUCCCAAAAUGCUAGGAUUACAGGCAUGAGUCACUGGGCCCAGCAAAAUAAACACAUUUUAUAAUUGUAUGUGGAAACAUGUUACUAUAGAAAGCAUUUUAAAGGUACGUUUUAAAGGUAUGUUUGUUCCACUGUUAAAUAGUAAAGAAUGAAUCCGCUAGUGAAAAUGUUUUUAGGGAGAACAGCUGGAUCAAAAGGGCUUCUUUGGAACUAGGUUGUUUUAGUAACUUCUGUUCCAAAGAAACACAGGUCUGAUAUUGCUAAGAACUGAAAUCGGAGGAGCUAGAGACCCUUUUCAGUUCAGGCCAGUGUUGUGCAGGACCACUGUGGGACUGACAACCGCGAUAGCAGAAGUUUGAAAGACCAGGUUUCAAACAUUAUAAAUUCCAGGCUUUGCAAAUCUUUAUUCUCUGGGGUGAGAUCCAGUCUUUCUGUUAUUGUCUCUGAAAAUUCUCUUCCAGGCCCACAUUAAGGGAGUUUGCAGAGAGUGAGGGAGGCAAAACUUGAAAAGGGCCUGCAACACUUUAAACCUUCUCAGGUUCACCCACAUGAAACGGCUGUGCUGAGUGCGCUGCUGGUGCCCGGGGAGCUUCUCUGACUGUGACCGGCAGAGGCUUCUGUGGCGGUGCAUGAGCGGCCCUACAGUGGAGGGUUCUCUUUGGAAACAAACAGCCCUGCUUGGUUUCAGUUUGAGGCCACUUAUCGUCAGUGUGACAUUUCUUGCCAAGCCCUGUGACACUCCCCAUUGAUGACUCCCAUAGGUACAGAGAAAGUUAAGAACAGGAAACAGAAGGGUAGGAUGCAUAGGGAGGGAGAGAAGCCCUGAAAACUUUUUUUUUCUUUUUGAAGCAUGGAAAACAAAUCUUUUAUGCCACUCCAGCCAUAAAUAAAAUUUUAACUUCAA